AUGGCAGGAGACUCGUAUCGAAUGACAGACUUCAAACUGUCUCGGGACGAACGCAUUCGCUUAUACCUGGCGAGUAUUGUUGCAGAUCCCAAGUAUAGUGGAUUUGACACACAAAUGCUCCGGACUGUGGAAUACAUUGGAGCUCACGCAGAGACGAGAACAACCGUGUUCGAAUUUGAGGUAGCAGAUUCCAUGUGCAACAAGGAUGUUCUACAAGGUGGUGCAGCAUCAACUAUGUUUGACAAUAUUAGCUCAACUUCACUGUUCACAAUUGGACAGCCCUGCUACUGGGAUAGACUAGGAGUCAGUUGGUCGCUGUCUGUUUGGUUUCAUCAUCCCAUCUCUUCAGGAGCCAGGAUGCGGCUUGUCAAUACUGUGGUCGACGCAGGGUAG